ACCACCGAGGAAGAGUGGAAUGUAUGGGUUGUCAUGUGUCACGCAAGUCUGACUGGUGGUCAGCUGACAAACCCGGGUCGCUUAUGUUUACUUUCUUUUAUCCGUGCGUUAAACCCGCGUUUUCUUUGAAUGAAUGCAGCGGUAUGCUUCGCAAAGGAGAACCAUGGUAGUCGUGAACUCGGUGCUCAAGCUGUUGCAGAGGCAGACGUACACCUGUCUGUCCCACCGCUAUGGGCUCUACAUCUGCUUCGGGGGGAUCGUCCUCAUGAUAGUUUCCGCCUUUCAGUUCGGAGAGGUGGUGGUGGAGUGGAGUCGGGACCAGUAUCACGUGCUGUUUGACUCCUACAGAGACAACGUGGGUGGGAAAUCUUUCCAAAGCAGGCUCUGUCUGCCCAUGCCUAUUGAUGUGGUGUACACAUGGGUGAACGGCACAGACAUGGCUCUGCUGAAGGAACUGAGGACGGUCAAAGAGCAACUGGAGGAGGAACAAAGAGCUCUGAGGGAACGCCUGGGGAAAAAUGCGAGUGAAACAACUGAAGUGCCAAAAGAAAGUGUUAAGCCAGAAUGUCUGCUGUCCCACUGCAUCAUAGCGCCCAUGCUGGCCCUGGACCCCGCUCUGCCAGCCAACGUCACGCUCAAAGAGCUGCCGUCGCUCUCUUCCUCCUUCUCCGCUGCCAAAGAGCUGCUGCUGAUGAACAAAGCCUUCCACGCCGCCACCACCGUCUCUGUGGUCGUCUUCCAUUCGCAGGCCGAGGCUGAUAAAGCCUUUACAGAUGUGUCUAAAGAAGACCAGAAGUUCUCUGUGUCCAGAUGUUAUCUGACGACGGAUAAAGAGGCUCCGGGUCUGAUCCGCAUGCAGUCUCUGGCCUACCUGAGCGGCUUCCCGGCGUCCUUUAAGGAAACGGAGCAGCUGAGAGUCAAACUGCCCUCUGUCAUAACCAAUAAGAUCAAUCAGUUUGAGUUGUACUCUGAGGCCAGCAUCGCUCUGCUCCACCUGAAAUCCCCGCAGGACUUCACCGAUCUGACGCAGCAGGCCAAAAAGAAUCUGACCCUGGAUGGGAAAGAGUUAACCAUCAGCCCUGGCUACUUGUUCUGGGACCUCACCGCCAUCUCACAGUCCAAACAGGAUGAAGAUGUGUCUGCCAGCCGAUUUGAGGACAACGAGGAGCUCCGCUAUUCGCUGCGCUCGGUGGAGAGACACGCCCCCUGGGUGCGACACAUCUUCAUCGUCACUAACGGGCAGAUUCCCUCCUGGCUCAACCUGGACAACCCCAGAGUUACAGUUGUCCCACAUCAGGAUAUCUUCCAGAACAACAGCCACCUUCCCACUUUCAGCUCCCCUUCCAUAGAGACCCACAUCCACCGUAUCCCCGGGCUCUCUCAGAAGUUCAUUUACCUCAACGACGAUGUGAUGUUUGGCAAAGACGUCUGGCCGGACGACUUCUACAGCCACUCCAAAGGACAGAAGGUGUAUCUCACCUGGCCUGUCCCCAACUGUGCUGAGGGCUGCCCAGGAUCUUGGAUCAAAGAUGGCUACUGUGACAAAGCCUGCAACAACUCUGCCUGUGACUGGGAUGGAGGAGACUGCCUCGGUGCAGCGGGAAUCGGUCGGUUUGUGGCCGGGGUCGGCGGUGGCGGGGCCGGUGGAGGUGGCGGACAGGUGUGGCAGUUCGCAGGUGGUUUAGGAGGUCUUGGGGGAACGUCGUACUGUAAUCAAGGCUGUGCCAACUCCUGGCUGGCGGACAAGUUCUGUGACCAGGCCUGCAAUGUUCUCUCCUGUGGGUUUGAUGUGGGAGACUGUGGCCAAGAGCACUUUGGCGAGCUGCGUCAUGUGACCCUGAUGCGGAAUCAGAGCCUGUACACCCUCCCAGUAGGUGAAACUAGGCCGUAUUUCAGCUUUGACAGACUGGCCCGCAGAAUCUCCGAGGCCCACGUCAGUGACAACCCGGCGCUUCGCCACACCUCUGUCGCCAACAAGUGGAAGACCAUUCACCUGCUGCUGCACCCGGGCCACAACGCCACCCUGAUCCAGUACAAUCUCACUUUCCAGAAAGAAGACGACACAGAGUUCAUAAUGAGCUUCAGUGUGGCUGUCGACACCCGCGAGUUGCCUCAGGCUAACGUGACCCAGGCUGCGAGCAAAGAGGACGACAAAGACCCAAAGCCGACCCCGGCUCUAGAGCCACCGGUCCCGUUCUCGGAUAUUCCUGAGGACAAACGCGGUCCUAAGAUCCAGAAGAGGCUGCCUGGUGAACCUCUGAGUGUCAUAGAAGUGCCCUCGCUGAAUGUGUCACUUCUACCAGCUGCUGUGCAGAGUGAGCUGCAAAAGUUGGAAGAGAAGCUUCUGAUCGGUGACAUUACUAUGAAGGGUUAUAACCUCACUAAGGCUGAACUUUUAAAACCUUUCAAGACUCUGGCUCAAAAGCAGCAGGACAUCGAUUCACAACCAGCUGGUGAGGGUGCAGAAAAGGUCCAGGGAAAGCCCGAUAAAGACUUGGAGGCAGAGCAGUUAGAAGGAAAACCACCCGUGGAAGACAAAGCAGGAAAUAUCGUUCAGAAAAAUCGAAACUCAAAAGAGGAAAUGUCCAGGAAACACGUGGCUGUCACUCAUUUUAUUCCCGUCCACACUGAUGAUGAGCAUGAGGAACUAGCUCCCAAACAUUACGAUCUGAAGGCUGUGAUAGAAAGGCCCAUGACUUCCAAACUACUAGACAGUAUUUCCAAAACCAAGAGCGCGGAGAGUCGGGCAGAGCCAGAAGAAACUGCAGGAGGAGCUCCUUUCGGGAGGAGACUUCAACACUUCAUCUCCUCAGACAGAGGCUUCCUGCCGUGGGAGAGGAGGAAAUACUUCCAGAAACUGCUCGAGGAAGAGGAGCGUCUGCAGAGAGAAUUGUCGUAUGAGGCCGACGGUGCCGCCACAGGUCGAAGGCUGCGGGACACUUUUGCCGACUCGCUGCGCUACGUCAACAAGCUGCUCAAUGGCCAGUUUGGAUUCACGUCGCGCAAAGUCCCCGCACACAUGCCUCACAUGAUCGACCGCCUCAUCAUGCAGGAGCUGCAGGACACAUUCCCAGAGGCGUUUGACAAGACGUCAGCCCAUCGCGUUCGUCACCCAGAGGACAUGCAGUUCGCCUUCUCGUACUUCUACUUCCUGAUGAGUGCUCAACAGCAGCUCAACGUGUCUGAGGUGUUUGACGAGAUCGACACGGACCACUCGGGCGUCCUCUCCGACCGAGAGAUUCGAACUCUGGCCACGAGGAUCCACGAGCUGCCACUCAGCCUCCAGGACUUGACAGGCCUGGAGCAGAUGUUGAUAAACUGCUCUAAGACUCUCCCGACUAACCUGACCCAGCUCCACCUGGUGAGCCCAACACAGGAGGCCUACUACGACCCCAGCAUGCCUCCUGUCACAAAAGGCCUCGUCCUCUACUGCAAGCCCAUCACAGAACGCAUCCAGAAAGCCUUCAGAGACCAGAAUAAGUACAAGUUUGAGAUCAUGGGGGAGGAGGAGAUCGCUUUCAAGAUGGUGCGGACAAAUGUUUCCCAUGUGGUUGGCCAGUUAGAUGACAUUAGGAAGAAUCCCAGGAAGUUCAUCUGUCUGAACGAUAACAUCGACCACAGCCAUAAGGACGCUGCCACAGUGAAAGCUGUGCUGAGAGACUUCUACGAGUCCAUGUUCCCGCUGCCAUCCCAGUUUGAACUGCCAAGAGAGUACCGCAACAGAUUCCUGCAUAUGGAAGAGCUCCAGGAUUGGCGAGUAUAUCGGGACAAGCUGAAGUUCUGGACGCACUGUGUCCUCGUAACGCUCGUCAUCUUCACCAUCAUGUCCUUCUUCGCUGAACAGCUGAUUCUGCUGAAGCGAAAGCUGUUCCCCAGACGCAGAGUAAACGGGGACAGCAACCCUGAGCGGGUGUGAAAAAAAAAAAAAAAAAAAAAAGGGGGGGGGGGGAGAAGACUUCCCUUUCCUCUUCUUUCUGCUCUUCCAACGACGUCCGCCCUCUCUCACCUGCUCGGAAGAGAGGAUUUAGCCCGGAGGACUGGGUGGAAACGGGAAUCUGAAGUCCUCCGUGCUUGUGUUGCAUCAGCACGUACAGUGGAUAGACUCAUGUGAGAUGGCGAUGAAGCAUUUUUCAUAAGAUAAUGGAUGGGGCUGGCCAGUGAAAGGAAUGGCAGCCAGAAAGAAGAAGCCAGUGAUACUUAUUUUCCUCCGCUGGGGGCAUCUGAGGCUUUUGUACAACACACACAUUUGCAGCUACACAAACAAACACUCCCUCCAUACUGCACCACCCUCCCCGUGUCCUGUUCUCACCAUGUUAUUGAUUGAUGUGCUGUUAAAGGGUGAAACAUUUGACAGCAGCUGGUUCGGUUGAGUCACUUUUUAAGGAAAAAUGCCAAACAUUUGCUGUUACCAGCUUCUUAAAUCAGAGUAUAUUCCCUGUUUUAUAUCACCGUUAGUUACUUAUCUUUGGGUUUUGGACUGCUAGUUAAACAACAAACACUUUUGAAGACAUCACCUUUGGGUGCUGUGGAAAUGGUGAUAGGCUUUUUGACAGCAACAGUGGAGAGAGAGACCGGAAAUGUGGGGAAAGUGAAUACACUUCGUCCAAAUCGGUGCUCAGGCCUCAGCUAUCUGGUUGGCCUUUAUAAUUAUAAUUUUUUUUUUAUAUAUAUACAAAACGAUUAAUUGCAAAAAUGUUCAGCAGAUCAAACUCAUUUUCACCUGCAGCCCUGGUUGUGUUUGGCUUUUAUCACUAUGGCUUAAUUUUAAGGACAUUAAGGUACAUAUAGGAUGAAUAAAACAAGUGUUGGUUGUUGUCUGUCGUUAAAAACAUGGAAACUUGAAGUGCCUUUGUUCAUUCCUGCUUGUUUGAACAUUUUUGGUUUAUCUCCUUUAGUUGUUUUUUUUUAUAAAUAUGUCCUAAAUGUUGGCCACAUCACCCUUAUCUAGUGAUUUACAAUGAGAAUGAAUGGGAUAUAGGAUAAUGUGAUUCUUAAUGUGGUACAAAUUUAAUUGAUUGUUGGAGCUACAUGUAAUACUACAGCUUUCAUAGCUUCCUGUACGUGUGUCCCUGUGGGACUCAACAGGCUCGCUACUGUCUGAAAUUCAGACUCCCUCAGCAUGAUCUGUAACUUAUUUUGAUUGUAUUAUUGUGACAGUGAGCCCGAUGACUGAUGCAGCUGAUUUUAAUGCCGCAGAAUGUAAACAUAGCCUCAGACAAUGCUCGUCAACUGCUCCAACUUUUUCCUCUGAAUGUCAGUUUUACAAAGUUCUUUAAUAUGACAGAAAGAGGAAGUGACUAGUAGUAGUUGUCAGCAUUUUACCGCUGCCAUAACAGUCUUGAUGUACUGUAUGGUGUUAGCAGGCGAGGUGAUGAGUUACAUGGCAUCUCUCAGAUUGCAUCAGUUCAAUGGCUCUUCCAAAUACAAUAAAAUGUGGCUUGAUUCAGUCA